CUUGACUACUUUUGCCUCUCUAUAUAAGUUUAAUACGAUCUCUCCCUCAAUGUCAUGAGCGAAACGGAAGAAGACGAUUACAUGUCAACCAAGUUCCUCGAAGAGGCUGCUGAUUAUGAAAGCAAGACACGAAGUGAAGGAACAUACAGCCAGCGCCGCCAACGAACGCUACAGGUGCAGAAGCAAAAGGGGCACAUUAAGCCGCGCGAACAAUUGCAGCGCGAAGCGCGUGAAGAAGGCUUGAAGCGUAAUCUUGAAGAAGACAAGAACAACAAGGGCAUGCAGUUGCUCAUGAAAAUGGGUUUCAAAAAGGGCAUGAAAUUAGGCAAGUCCGAAGGAGGUCUAGAAAAACCUCUUGAAGUUGAAUUAAAGCAAGGUCGAGAGGGUCUUGGUAUGGCUGAAGCACGUAAACGAGCGCUGGAAGAAGAGGAGGAAAGAGAAGCGGCUAAGCGACCUCAUAUUGAUCCGGAUGAAUAUCGCGAAUUGAUGGCAAACAAAGCAAAAGAGUCCAAAUUACAUCGGCGAAGUACUGCUGCAGCUGCCAUUUGUGAACGACUGGAUAUAGAAAAUGGAAUUGAGUCAAAUAUUCUCUGGAUAUUCUGUCCCAAAGAUGAAGAGCAACAACAGCAUACUGGUGAUGGCGAUCUGACCGAACAAGAAGCGAAAGGUUACGCAUUAACUGAGCAAGCUGGAGAAGAUGAAGAUGAAGAAGAGGAAAAAGAAGAGGAAGAAUUACCUUAUCCCAAAGAAGAAGUGGAAGAGCUCAGAUCAUUACCUUUGGACAAACGGCUUACUCGACUUGUUGAUUAUUUACGAGACAAGCACUCAUACUGCUUUUGGUGUGGAGCUAAAUACGAUAAUGCUCAGGAUCUGGCGGAAAACUGCCCUGGGCCAGGCGAAGAUGAUCAUUAGUAAUUGAUGGCAGUGCAAUAAACACAUACGUACCCUAUAGAGUGACAGCCUGUCUGACAUGUGUUGUACGUAGUACAGCAUGAUAAACACAUAUUACAAUUUUUUCCUUCUUCUUAUCAUCACGACGUUUUGAAUUGAGCCUUCGAAGAGGAUAU